AUGGAAGACUACGCUCUCUUACGCGAAGCUGUCGGCGUGGCUGGAAUUCAAAGAGCCAACAUCCCAAACCUUCGAGACGAUUACAUCUCCGUCCGAGUGGUGGCAGUCGCAUUGAACCCGACAGACCACACUACCUUGGAUGCGCCUGGCGACAACGGCACGAUUGUUGGGUGUGUCUAUGCUAGCGUGGUUGAAGAGGUCGGCAGCGCCGUCAUGAAACCAUUCAAGAAGGGUGACAGGAUCGCUGGCUUCGCUCAUGGAGGCAACGAUGCUAACCCGGAGAAUGGCGCCUUGGCAAGAUACAUUGCGGUCAAUGGCGACAUCCAGAUGCACAUUCCCGAUGCUGUCAGUUUUGAAGAAGCCGCAACCGUAGGUAUCGGUGUCGGAACCGCAGGCUACGCUCUGUAUAAGGUGCUUGGACUGCCAUUGCCGCCAGUUUCUCCAGCGGGGCCCGAGAAGACGAUCCUGAUCUAUGGUGGAAGCACGGCGACCGGUACACCAGCCAUACAAUUGGCAAAGCUUUCAGGCUGGAAAGUCAUAACGACAUCCUCUCCGCAGCACUUCGACCUGCUCCGAAGUUUGGGCGCUGAUAUCGUGCUCGAUUACCGCGUGCAGGACAUCGGCCAGCAGAUCAAUACGGCCACCGGCAACGCUCUGGCCCGUCUCCUCGACUGCGUCACGACUCCUUCGAUCGCAGAUAUGUGCGCGCAAGCUUUAAGCACUCGAUCAGAUGUUGGUGAAAAGCUCUACUGCAAUCUGCUCGGUCCUGAGGUCGAAAGACCUGAUGUCAAAGGCAUCUUCUUCCUUGUGUACUCCAGCUCGGGUGAAGCUUACACCUUUGAGGGCUCAGCGUUCUCUGCUGCGCCAGAAGACUUCGAGUUUGCAAAGAAGUGGUAUGGCAUCGCGGAGAAGUUGUGGAUGGAGAGAAACUGGAAGGCUCAUCCUCACCGUAUCGAAAAGGGAGGGCUGGCAGGGCUGGAAGAUGGUAUGAAGAAAAUGAGGAAUGGAGAAAUCAGAGGUGUGAAGCUCGUAUUUCGAGUAGAAGACACGGAUUGGCCGUGUGAAGGAUGA